AUGGAAUCUCUAUCCCAUCUCACCCCAAUAGACAGAGAAAUUCUCAACAAGUCAUGGGGAAUUGUUUCCAAAGACAUGCAACAAGUGGCAGUGAACAUAUUUCAAAUGAUUUUCGAACAAGCCCCAGAUGCGAAACUGAUGUUCUCGUUUAUGAUGAAAGAUUACAAGGAAGACAAGAAGAGCAACGAGUUCAUCUUCCAUGCAGUUCGAUUUUUGCAGGUA